AUAGCUGCCUGCCACCUACAAGUUACCACUGAGGGCCUCCCUAGCCUCCUCUCUGGCCUGCCCACCUGAGAUGUGAUUAGCAAUUAUGGAAGCCACAAAAUUGAAGGUGACUCGGAGCUCCUCUCCGUGCUGACAAGAUGACCGUGUGCAGGCCGGCCAAGGGCAGCCACAGCCAGACUGAAAACCUGAGCUGCAAAUUGGCUAACAAGGUCAAAGUGGAAGGUCCAGAGGCUGGAGAAGACCCUCAAAGGCAGCCCUUUAGGUCCUCCAUUCCUUUCCUAGAGACUGAUCAGGACUCACCCCUCCAAAGAAGCCUCCUGGAAAGCCUCAAUAACCUGAUGUUCAAGUCAGGAGUAAACUAUUUUCAGCAGAACAUGUUCAACUCAAAUAUGAUCAUCAGCGACCCAGCUUCAGGCCUCAGUGCUAAAGAAGCCAGCAGGACUGGCAGGAGGCAGCUCAGCAGUGUUCAGAACCCCUGCCCUUCUGCCCGAGGCGGUGCCGGGCACAAGUCCCUCAGCAUAAAGGACAAGAUAUCAGAAUGGGAAGGGAAAAGGGAGUUUCCUACUCCUGCACCUGGCAGGAAAGCAGAUGGGCAAGAGGAUUACCUGCCCUCCUGCGGGACAGAGAGGAGAUGUGAUGAUGGUGUGAGGACUCAGGUCACAGUGGCUCAGAAUGGAAUGAGGCUGGAAAGAGAGAGCAAAGAGAAUGAGAGGAAUAAGGAGGCAGUGGAAGUCGGGGGCCAGGAUGCAGAGGGGAGGCUAGACCUAAGCCAGCCCGCCAGGGAGCUGGCUCCAAGCUUGGGCAGAGGCCUGGAGCUGAGGCUCAGCAAACAGCGCUUGCAGAAUGACAGCCUCUCUGUGCUGAAGCAGGUCAAGAAGCUUGAGCAGGCUCUGAAGGAUGGCUUGGCAGGGUUGGAUCCCCAGCUACCAGGGACUUGUUAUUCCCCUCAUUGCCUGCCCGACAAGGCUGAGGAGGGGCCCACCGGAACCGGAAACCGUGGGUGUGGGAGUGGCUCAGAACUCAGGUCCCACCACUUGGACCUGGGAGCCAGGCAGCCCACCCCCGAGGCUGCGGAGGAAAGAAGAGGCUUGUACGGGAAGCCCUGUGACCAGAGCCUGGACAGUGUGUACAGGGGCUCCCCGCAAAAACCCUUCAUCAACCCCCUGCCCAAACCCCGGAGAACGUUCAAGCAUAGUGGCGAAGGGGACAAGGAUGGGAACCCAGGCAUCAGCUACAGGAAAGAUCGCAGGAAUCUGCCACCUCUACCCACUCUUCCUCCCCCGCCCCUGCCCUCCUCUCCGCCACCUCCCUCUGUGAACAGAAGACUGUGGAAUGGAAGACCAAAGCCCAAUGCUGACCACAGAAAGUCCUACGAGUUUGAAGAUUUACUGCAGUCUGCCUCUGAGAGCAGCAGGGUCGACUGGUACGCACAGACCAAGCUGGGGCUCACACGCACUUUAUCAGAGGAGAACGUCUACGAAGACAUUCUAGAUCCGCCAAUGAAGGAAAACCCUUAUGAGGACAUUGAGUUACAUGGUCGCUGCCUGGGAAAGAAGUGUGUCUUGAGUUUUCCUGGUUCUCCCACCUCUUCCAUCCCUGACACAUCCACUAAGCAGUUACUGUCCAAACCUGCUUUUUUCCGGCAAAAUUCUGAGAGGAGAAACUUCAAACUGCUGGACACUAGGAAGCUGAGUCGGGAUGGAACUGGGUCCCCUUCCAAAAUCAGCCCCCCCUCCACCCCCAGCAGCCCUGAUGACAUUUUCUUUAACCUCGGAGACCCGCCGAAUGGCAGGAAGAGGAGAAAGAUACCCAAGCUGGUGUUGCGAAUCAAUGCCAUUUACGAGGCCCGGAGAGGAAAGAAACGGGUGAAGAGGCUGUCCCAGUCAGCGGAGAGCAACUCAGGAAAAGUGACAGAUGAGAACAGUGAGUCUGACAGUGACACCGAGGAGAAGCUGAAAGCUCAUAGCCGACGCCUGGUCAAUGUGAAGUCCCGCCUGAAGCAGGCUCCAAGAUACCCAUCACUUGACCGGGAUCUCAUGGAGUACCAGGAGAGGCAGCUCUUCGAGUAUUUUGUGGUCGUGUCAUUGCACAAGAAGCAGGCCGGGGCCGCCUAUGUGCCGGAGCUCACCCAGCAGUUCCCUCUGAAGUUGGAAAGGUCUUUCAAGUUCAUGAGAGAGGCUGAGGACCAGCUGAAGGCCAUCCCCCAAUUCUGUUUCCCCGAUGCCAAGGACUGGACUCCUGUCCAGCAGUUUACCAGUGAAACAUUCUCAUUUGUCUUAACUGGAGAAGACGGGGGCAGAAGGUUUGGUUACUGCCGAAGACUGCUGCCUGGUGGCAAAGGGAAGCGCCUCCCCGAAGUUUACUGCAUCGUGAGCCGCCUGGGAUGCUUCAGCCUCUUUUCAAAGAUCUUGGAUGAGGUGGAAAAACGCCGCGGCAUCUCUCCUGCCCUGGUACAGCCCCUCAUGAGGAGUGUCAUGGAAGCUCCAUUCCCAGCCCUGGGCAAAACCAUCGUUGUCAAGAACUUCCUGCCAGGAACAGGAACUGAGGUUAUUGAACUGUGCCGCCCGCUGGACUCCCGGCUAGAACACGUGGACUUCGAGUCUCUCUUCUCUUCUCUCAGCGUCCGCCACCUCCUCUGUGUUUUUGCCUCCCUGCUUCUGGAAAGGAGGGUCAUCUUCAUCGCAGACAAGCUCAGCACGCUGUCCAAGUGCUGCCACGCGAUGGUGGCCAUCACCUACCCCUUCACCUGGCAGCACACCUACAUCCCCGUGCUGCCGCCGGCCAUGAUCGACAUCGUGUGCUCGCCAACCCCCUUCCUCAUCGGGCUGCUCACCAGCUCACUGCCCCUGCUCAGGGAGCUGCCCCUGGAAGAGGUCCUCGUGGUCGACCUCGUCAACAAUCGGUUCCUCAGACAGAUGGAUGACGAGGAUUCCAUUCUGCCCCGGAAGCUUCAGGUGGCCCUGGAACACAUUCUGGAACAGAGGAAUGACCUAGCCAGUGACCAGGAUGAAGGGCCCCCUGACUGCAAGCACGGCCCUGAGUCCAGCCCCUUGAACCAGGUGGUGUCUGAAGCCUUCGUCCGAUUCUUCGUGGAGAUCGUGGGCCAUUACUCCUUGUUCCUCACAGCGGGCGAGCGUGAGGAGAGGACCCUGCAGCGAGAGGCCUUCCGCAAAGCAGUCUCCUCCAAGAGCCUGCGCCGCUUCCUGGAGGUUUUCAUGGAGACCCAGAUGUUCCGGGGCUUCAUCCAGGAGCGGGAGCUGCGCCGGCAGGAUGCCAAAGGUCUGUUUGAGGUCCGCGCCCAGGAGUACCUGGAGACUCUGCCCAGCGGGGAGCACAGCGGCGUCAACAGGUUCCUGAAGGGUCUAGGCCAUAAAAUGAAAUUUCUCCACAAGAAAUAACCCUCGGCCCAGACUCGAAGGAAAGCUUCCUCCUAGAGCAACCACGUGUUGAAAACAGCCUUUCGCCCUGGGUUAUACCCACGUGCUGGGUCAAGGCCAGGGCGGACUCCUGCCCUCUGGGGUUGGCCACAGGCCCGGGACCCCGGAGCUGCUGGGAAGGUGCCACUUCAGAACAGCUCCGAAAAGGGGACCUGAGACCAGUCGGGUCCCUGGCAUUCAAAUGGAUUGUUUUCGUCGCUGGUUUGGGGAUUUUUUAAUUUUUUUUUUUUAAUUUUAGAUAUUAAAAUAAAGAAAAAUGUUUGGGUUUUCUUUUUAUUAUGCCAGGGCUAAGAAAACUAUCCUGCCCUAUGUCAUCUUUCCCUGGCUCACCCUGCUUGGCAGCCCUCCUCUGGGCCAAACUGGGGACAAAUGUGGGUGUUAGGGAGGUGCUGUGGGGGCCCUUAUAGACACUGGGCCCAGAGGCUUGAGGGCAGAGCCCUUUGGGGAAGGAUUGGCCUUUCUGUAGAGGAGUUGGAUCUGGGCUCCACAGAUUUGGGCUUUGGGAGAUGAGCUGCGCUUCCAGAGCGGCCAGUGAUGCCACCUGGUGGUGGAGGCCAUUGUCAGGGCACUAACUCCUCUCCCACGUGGACCUGACUCCUGGGCUGCCUCUUUCCUCUUAGAAGCCUUAGCACCUUCCACCGCCCCUGCCAUCCAUUACUUUCGAGGUACACACAAAAAGAUGGAAUCAUAAGAUCUGUUAAUAAAAUGUUCUUAGGGUCCUCAAAUUUAUGAUCAUAAAGUAUGGAGUCCACCGUAAAACACAAAGCCAUGGCUUCAACCCUGUUCCCAUUGUACUGUUUGAUGUACUUUUAUCUCAUUGUAGGGGCUCAGGUCAGAAGAAAUGAAAUGGCACGUGGAUAUAUGGAGGGACUGUUGUUAUCAGUGUGAGAGAGCAUCUAAAUUUGGGGACAGCUUCCAUAGACUUGUGCAGCCAUCAAGGCAGCCUGCCCUCCUGCAGGGGACCCAGCGGGGAGGCAGGGAGACAGGGUGGGCAGCACAGGCAAGUCCUCAAAGCAGGCCCCAGGGCCACCACCACAGCCCACCCACCACCACCUGCCGCUGUUCACCCUCUGGUGCAUCCCCCUCUGGGUGGCACCAGCAGCCACGACAGAAACGCACAGGAGAUGUGCUCGAUCGUGGCCUGUGCUGCCUGGCAGAGGUCCUUAGCCUCUAGGAAACUGGGAGCAAGGGGCCUUUGAGGAAAAGAAGGAACAAGAAAAAAACCGAGGUUGAUGUCUCUCCACAUUAGGGCUCUUACCUAGAGUCCUGGACCGUCCCUUUCCAAUUGUAUCUGAGAUUGGGUGUGCCCAUUUAUUUUUCAGGGGAAAGGAUGCAUCGUUUACAUCAGAUUCACAAAGGGGUCCAAGGACCCCCAAACCCGCAGGAGCCAGGCCAUGCAUAACAGUUAACCUGGGUAGGUGUGUGGUCCGGGUGUGGGGGGAAGACUGACUGAGAACCCGAGAGUGGGGGCUCAGGAAUGUACCUGACAAGCUCCUUAGAUUAGUUAACUUUAUGGAUACCAGUAUUCUCCCCAGAGAUGAUCACCUUUAAUAUUGUGGAAUAUACUUUCUUUUCUAACUUAUUUUAUAUUGUAUUGUUUACUUAACACCUCCAAGUGAAUAAAUAAACCUUUUAUCAAUAUUU